GUCAGGUUGAAAGUGUGCACAUUCGGGUAAAUGAAGAGCAAUAUUGUGAUGAGUCCUACUUUCGUCUCUCUCCAGGUCUGGUGGAGAUUCUGCUGAUGCACCCUCUAGAUGUGGUGAAGACCAGGUUUCAGAUCCAGAGAGGCACCAGUGAUCCACACAACUACAAGAGCCUCGUCGACUGCUUCAGAACCAUCUUCCACAACGAAGGUAUAUAUGGCUUCUAUAAGGGGAUCCUCCCUCCAAUCCUGGCUGAGACCCCAAAGAGAGCAGUUAAGUUCUUUACCUUCGAACAGUACAAGAAGCUGCUGAGUCUCACCGGUCUGUCCGCUGGUCUAGCUCUGUCAGUAGCAGGUCUAGGGUGCGGUCUGACCGAGGCAUUGGUGGUCAACCCAUUUGAAGUGGUCAAAGUCGGCCUGCAGGCCAACAGAGAUUCUUUCCAAGUGCAGCCCUCCACGUUUGCCCAAGCACGGCACAUCAUCAACGCAGACGGCUUUGGCCUGCGAGGGCUGAAUAAAGGGUUAACGUCGACCCUGGGGCGCCACGGCGUCUUUAACAUGAUCUACUUUGGAUUCUACUUCAACGUCAAGGACGCCAUUCCUGCCAGCCAGGACCCAACCCUGGAGUUCCUGAGGAAGUUUGCUAUUGGCCUGGCCUCAGGAACCAUCUCUUCCUGUGUCAACAUUCCUUUCGACGUGGCCAAAAGCCGCAUCCAGGCUCCCCAGCCCAUACCGGGAGAGGUCAAGUACCGGACCUGCUUCCAGACCAUGGGCCUGGUCUACCGGGAGGAGGGAUACUUGGCGCUGUACAAAGGACUGAUCCCCAAGAUCAUGAGACUCGGACCAGGUGGAGCUGUGAUGCUGCUGGUGUAUGAAUACGUAUCUGGAUGGUUAAAUAAGAACUGGUGAUGAGAAGAAGCCCACCAGCAUGCCUUAAGGUUCCCACCAGGCAGCCUAUUAGGAUGCCCACCAGGCAGUUUACUGAAGCGCACCAGGCAGCUGCCUUAAGGGGCCUGCUGUCUCAGGUUCCAACAUCCACAGGCUAAACCCUGUGACCUCCAAUAGACUGUUCCAGCUAGUGCCCGUCCCAUACAUACAACCAAAGUAUGACCAGAGUGUAACCAUUGUACAACCAGAAUGCAACCAUAGUAUAACCAGAAGACAACCAUAGUACAACCAGAAUACAACCGUAGUAUAACCGGACUAGAACCAUAUCGCAAAACACUGAUCUGUUAUCCAUAUUACGUCUUCCAUUACAAUCAAUAAUAAUCCACCUCGACAAAUCAAGGCCCUGCCUCAUUUAAUACACAAACAUUAUUGGGAACAACUUACACAUCUAAUACAAUAGCCAUGCAUGCCAUUACAUACUGUGUGCAUAGAUGAGUCCUAUAUUGUAUCUCGCUGCCAUACUAAUGUAAACCUAUUUAACAUACAGGGGAUUUAGUGUCCACUACAAACUAUUACACACACACAGCCACGGUGUUCCAAGCCCAAAUGUCCAGAUUACACACACACACACACACACACACACACGCUCCACCCACAGUGCAUUCAUUCAAAGACGACUUCACAUAAACGGAAUCAGGCACAGGAUGAAGCCUCCUCUAAAAUUCUGCCAUUUUUGUACACAUUGAAUAGAAAUGACAAAAUCAUCAUAGAAGACAAUAGAGACUCGCAUUGAUAUCUUGAAAUAGUUUGUGAUUUUAAUGUAUUCUGUCAUAGCAUAUCUUUUUCAAAGUCCCUAUGAAGCUGCCUACUUGUAUGUGACAGAUUAAAACGCAUCAAACUUGAA